AUGUUCCCAAGCCAGCCAAGGACCAUCAUAGGUGCAGCUGGGCCAAACAGCAAGAGCAUCGCGCGUCCUCAUUUGAGGGGCAGAAGGGCCUCAGAGUUUCGGCCCAACCGUUCAAGAACCAGUUUCUUGAACCCUGAUGUUUGCUCGGCCGUGCUUGCCACUCUUGCAGUGUGCCGGCGUUGUUGCUCUAGACAUGGAGGCUUGGCCCAGAGGGCAACCCGGCAGGUGCCGCCCAGACCACCGAAAGAAGAGCCAACUCCCUUUCCAAGAGAGCCAAUCUUUCCACCAGCUGCCUUUCGCUUGCUGGAGUUGUAUCAUGACGAGCCAGAUCUCCAGGAGUUGAUUGACGCCUUGGAAGAUUUUCAAGAGCUGCAUGAACGAGAUCGGCAUUGGGGACAAUUUCCCAAUCAUGUAGCUGAUUGUCGGAAUAUCGCGUACAACAAAGGACAACUUAGAAUUGUUCAAGGAAUCCUCAGCAACAUUGAGCAGGAGGAGAGUGAAGACCUACGCAUGGUUGCACUUGACACGCUGCUUUCAUUGAUGAUCGGGGGGUGCCUGGGCCUGUGGUGCCGCUUCCUGCCAUGGCAUUGUGCAAGUUUCCUUUGUCCUUCUCAGCCCUUGGGAUCGUGA